UAAAACCUGAAUUGGAGUGGGAACACAGGUGCGGCUCAGGUAGACGAACCACUGCACGUCUCAAUGCUAUUAUAUUAAGUAGUUUCGAUAAAAUAUAAAGAACAUAUUUGUAUUUUUACGCUCCCUACAAGUAGUUUGUUUUAACCCGAGUAAUUAGUGUUCUGUGUACCGAGAUUCAAAUUUAAAAAUCGCUAGUUCACUUCGAUAAUUAUAAUACCGUCAUUUAAAUUAACGGUUGUAGAUCCAAACUAAGACACAAAUUUUAUAUGUAACACUUAAUAAUUUUGUGAAUUUUCCAUUCAAAAAUAAAAAUUUCUAUGAAAAAAGAUAUUCAAAAAUAUUUAAAAUAAUUCAUUACUUUUGUUCAAAAUAUCUUGCGUCAAAUUCGUAAGAUGCUGUGAUAAUUCGCAUUUAAAUUCGAAAAAAAAUUAUCAUUCAUAAAUGUAAUCUUUCAAGAACUCAAGUGAGUUAUGAUAAAAUAAGUCAGCGAUCUAGAUAAUUUAAGAAUUAUUUAGAAAACUCUAUUUCGUUACUUAAUAAUUUUUGUGUCAAAAUAUACGGUUAGAAUUUUUACAAAGAUUUAGUAGUCUAGUUUUGAAAAAUUUUAAAUCUAUUUAUUAAGAUUUUUUGAGUCUAAGUCGGUUUCUUAGUCUCCCUUAAUAUUUUCAUUUUUAUAAAUGAAAAUUAUGUAAAUUGUGAAUGAUUCAUUCAAAACCAACGAACUGUUGCUGUUACUUGAGAUUUUUUAUAUAUGAGGAUUGGAGUAGAAGGGAUAAGAUUCUUGAGGAUGCGAUUGAUAUUCACAGAAUUUGAUUGUUGGUCACAGAAAUUACUUAUAGAAACUCAGAAAAAGCCCGUGAUCACUAGUUCUGUUGAAGAUCAGUAAACUGUUGGUAAAUUACGGAAAUUUCUUUUAAAAACUCAACAAAGGCUCGCGAUUACUCUACUUCGGUAACAGUUGCAGGAUGAAAAUGAAAAUCCUGUGGUCGUUUUUGAGCCUCAUAUCUCUAUGUCGUAUGGAAGACUUUCCCGAUUGUGAUCAGAAAAAUUGGCACAGUUUGGAAAACAAGCAAACGGCGAAUCUCGAAUGUGGACCAGCAUUUGAAAAUCGGUGCUACUGUUCCAGAAUUUGUUAUGAAGGGAAACAUCAGUAUGUCGUAAACUGUACAAAUUCUCAAUUUUCAACUACUCAACCACUCGCACAUCUUCCAAAUAAAACUCAAGUACUCAUUUUCACGGGCAACACAUUGAGAAAAUUGGAAUGGAAUAUUUUUGGGACUUUGGAUCGGAUUCCGAGUCUUCAAGUGAUCGAUAUGUCGAACAAUAAAAUAACUGAAAUCAGUGGGAAAGCUUAUCAUCAUGUAAAAAAUGUUCAACGUCUAUAUUUAGAUUUUAAUGAACUGUCUUUAGACUCGCAGAGUAAUCAUCCUAGAGUAUUUUCAAAUUUCAUUUCUCUACUUGAGCUGCAUCUUACGGACGCUUUUGAGGACGGGAAUCCAAAGAAUCUCGCUGAAACACUGCACGAUAUUUUUUUCAAUAGCCAUUUGAAUCAAUUGAUAAAACUGCACUUGGAACAGAAUGAAAUCUCCGAAUUUAAAGAUCCUAAUGUUUUCUGUAAUCUUCCAAAUUUAUUGGACCUACAUUUAGGGGAUAAUACUCUCAAUGCGCUACAUUUCAACUUAUCUUGUCUCCACAAACUAAGAUUUUUAGAUCUUCAGCGGAAUAAUUUCACGAGAAUUUUAGAUCGGGAUUUAAAAACUCUAGAUACUUUUGCGAAACACAAUCAAUCUGUGACGAUUGAUUUAUCGAAUAAUCCAUUGGAGUGUUCAUGCAAACUCAAUCCCUUUAUUGAGUGGAUGAACAAAACAAAAAUUUUUGUGAGAAAUAAAAAUCUUUAUAUGUGCAAUGAUCAUGGACAUAAGAAACAUUUGCAUGAAAUGAAAAAUUGUGUUCCAAAAGUGCGUUUUUCGUCACGAUCAUCGGGCUCGACUGUUGCCAUCACGAUGCUUUCUUUAAUACUCGUAGGAUUAAUUUGUACUCUAGUCUAUCUUCAACGUGAGGAUUUAUACAAAAAAAUCGUCCCUGUUAUUGAUUCAGUAAAUAAGCGUGUAAGAUAUACAUCAAUCGCAACGGCUAAUUCUCGCGAAAACGAUGUUUGAGCAUAAAAAUCAUAAUUAUCGAACAAAUAAUGUAUAUUUGCUGUAUUGUAUUCAUUUUAUUACGUUUUUUACGAUAGCGUUGGUUUGAGUGAUCAUUCCUAUAUCGCAUAGUAUAUAGUGUUUUUUUAAUCGUAAGCCUGAAUGUAUUUAUGAUUUUUCGUAUCGUAGCUGAUGUUUGUUUCUAAUUUUGAGUCCGUAGGUCUCUUGGUUAAAAAACGUAAAGAUUUUUAUGUUAAACGCCACAAUUUUCUGCGUAUGAUUACCAUUUUAAUAUCUUUAUUAUUAAUAAAAAAUUAAUAUAAAUUGGAUUUCAUACGUUUAUAUUUUAAUUACCCAAUGUUUUAUUGUAAUUUACU